CGCCCGGCUAGACUCCUUCUGUAAACACCCGACACAUGUUGGCGGAUGUCCAAGAAAUGGCGAAAAACUGUCUUCUUUGUGCAACAGCGGAUCCUGGGUGAGAGGGAAACGGAACUAGCGUUGAUUGACAGAGUGCUGUGGAUAGAUAGUAGUCUCGCCGUUGGAGAGGAUGACGUCAGCACUUUCUCGGGUACUUGCUCCUCCAAUCACCUGCCUGGAAGUGUCGUCGGUGCUAAUGAUCGAUGUUGCAGCCAAGGGAAGAGCUGCGCCGCGUGUUCACUCAGCCCUCGAGAGGUCGGCGUGGCGCGCACGCUGUGCGUUCUCUCAAUUUUCGAGAAAGAAAAAUGCUAAUGAGUCGGGAGGACACAUGCAAUGACGGACGGUGGUAGUUUGUGAUGGAGGAUUUCUUACGUCUGGUUAGCGGCACAAGCAGUGUUGCUGUUGUUGUUGUUGUUUGCUGCCAGUAGCAGCCGCGUGUGUUGCAUCAGAGUUGGCAGGACGUUCUGUAAGAGUGACGAGGCCGCCCACCCUUGACACCGACGGACAGGGAAAGCGAUUGUAAGAUGCCAGCGAAAGGGAAAAAAGGGAAGAAGAAGACAUCAAGUGACACGCUGCUGGCGCCAAAUGCCCUGCCGGCGCCAACUGAGCUUCGGGUUGUCCUUGAUGGAGUGAGCAUUCCCUUCGCAGAGUACACCAAGCAGUUCACUCGAAACUUUUACCCCGAGUACAGAGAUCAAACUAUUGUCAUUCCACCCCUCACUUUCUACGACCGAAAUUCUACCUUGAAGAACUUUAAGGAGACUGCCAGUCUCAACGACCGGCAAAUAUCUGUGCUGGAAAAUGUCAAAGUUCAAGGAUGUCAGGAUAGCCUUCUGCGAGGGGUAGAGGCUGAACACCGUGUACUGAGGCGACUGAAAGCUCUGGUUGACAGAGAGGACUGGAAGGUGGCCAUUAUUUCUUCAGCCAAGUUUGAAAACUACCUGAACAAACUCGAUAAAAGUGCGAAUGACGUGAAGAGACCGCUGAGCCGAGGAGAACACGAUCUUAUUCUUGUUCAUCCGCUGUAUGGCGUCAUCAUCAUCUGUGUCAAGUCCGUGGGAAGCAACUUUGCAGAUCUGACUCCCGAAGAUGUCCGGAAUGGAGAGCAAGAGCGGCGAGUGAAAAUAGUGCUGGACAAGGUCGUGGAUCAGAUGGAAAGGGAAGUGACGAAUGCCCGCCACGUGCUCUCUGACCUGUCCCCUCCAAUCAGUGUCGUCAUGGCCCUGCCCUGUCUCCCACGACAUUUGCUGACUUCCGUGUUCCAGAAACAUCCAAACUUGAAGCAGAAACUAGAGAAAAUAGUUCUAAUGGAUUAUUGGGCAGCGUGCUUGUGUGUGGAAGAGUUGCCGCCCUUCGCAAGCAAGAGGACUACCCGGCUUUCGUCAGAUAAAAGGGAAACUGCUGGUGCUGGACUUUCGUCGGACGAUGGGGAAACUGCUGACCUUGUGUCACAUAGCAGCCUGGGAAUUGAGGAACUUUCAUCAGACAACAAAGGAACUGCAAAACAGUCAAAUGCCGACACAGAAAGCGCAUGCGCAGUGGACAUGGGGGAGUCGGGUAAAGGAGGGACAGGCGAUGCCCUUUCUCUGUGGUUCAAGGACUGGGGCCAGAAAAGGAAAGAAUCGUCAAACACCGACACAGGGCUCUCAGAAGAUCAGUACCUAGAGAUUGUUGGCCGAUACUGUUGCCUUUAUUCCACUGUCGAAAUCCCAAGCCGAAGCAAAAGCGAAGGUCGGAUCGAGGUGAGGGUCAUGCCGGAAGCUGUAGCUGAGGUCAACGCCCGCUUCCGGGCUUUGAUUCUGCAUAAGUUUCAGAGUGACCUACUCCUGAGCUCUUCCUCCCGCGUCUACAUGUACGGCGUCAUGGGGUCCGGCAAGUCCGUCAUGCUGACGCUCAGGGCCCGCUACUGGCUGGCGCAAGGCUGUAACGUCGUCAUCAUAAACGUCAGCUAUGACGUGGAGGGCAGUCCAAUAGGAUACGCCCUCCUCCACGCCGUGAAUGAAAGGCUCGAUGCUAGUAAUAUCAACAAGGAGGCAGUCAUAGUGAACAUCCGGUUGACGACGUUUGACCCACAGGCUUUCCUUGACACCCUGACACGCUUGAUUCCUGAGUCAGAAAGGGAGACCACCAACUUUUGUGUUGAUGAGGUUUAUGCCAAAUAUCACCCGAUCUUUGAAUGCCUGACAGAAAAGUUUUCCCAGUCCGAGAUUUGGGCUGCUGGGCUGGAGGGAGUCAACGCGCCUUCUGGCUUUGAGCAGGUGGAGAUGAAGAAAGUCCUGCGCUGUCCGCCGACUGUUCAGCGAGUGCUAAAGUUCAUGGAUUAUUCCGGGGACAGAACUCCUCACUACACCACUUGUGGAGUGGAGGCCGGCUUACCAGCCGAGGGGCCAGUACCAAAGUUUAUUUUCCACGAGAAACAUCCCUUCUCCAGGGAAGUCGCUUUCCCUCUACAGUGCGAGGACUGUGCCAUGGAAGUCCUGACAUUCUUGCGACAGAAGCUGGGCCUGGCCCCGGCCUGCACCACAGAUUCUACUGUGGAGCUGGACAGUAGCAGGGACACCUCACUUGCAACAGAACAGCCCAUGUCAGCGAUGGAACUUGCGACAAACGGGCCGGCGAGUCUCAGCAUCCAGGACAUCGUCAUUCUGUGCAAGGACUCGGAAAAGGAGGACAUCUACUCACGAGUUGAUGAGGUGUACAAGCUAGACACCGAUCGCUAUGAGAGGUUUAAUGAUACUUUGGACCAGAGUGUGUUCGUCGGCACGUUGAGAGAGGGUGGCUACCCAGUGCGGACAGUUCGCUCUUCCAGUUCCGGAGAGCUCGCCGAGAACGAUGAAGACGCCAUCACCGCUUCCUGGGUCAACCCGGCAUCGGGGUUAGAGUGGGCGGUGGUGCUGUACAUGCCUGGAGACCCCGCACGAGGUCCAGAAGACGAUGGGUUGUCAGGAAACGAAUUCAUGGCCAGGAGUGGUGAAGAUCAAUUUGAAGGUGAGGAUCAAUUGGACUCUGACCUCCGUGAAACGCGUCGGCGGAUGACGAAGAGGGACUGUGAAUACCUGUUCUGGUCCGCCAGCAGGUGUACCGCCCAGCUCAUAGUCAUGGUCCCAUAACCACUCUGACAAAGCAUCAUCGUGACUCCUGAGUCAGGCGCACGUGACUGUCAAAUCAUAGCAGUCGGCAAAAUCAAGGAAGUCAGGAGAAACCUCCUUUAGCCGCACGCAUCAUGGUAAGGUUUCGGCGAGACAUUUGAAAGCGAAUAUUCCCCACCACACCAAGCUGAAUAGGGACCUCGCCGAAAUUUACAUAUCAACAAUAUGCUUUCAAUAAGUUUGUCGCGUUAUCAUUUAUUUAUUUAUUUCUGGCAAUAAUCAUUGACCGACUCUAUUUCGAGCCACUAAAGACAAAGCAGACCAUGACAUUUGAGAUUUUGCACCUCGGCAAUCCCGUCUCGUCUUCCUUUUUGAAUGACACCAAAACCGGUAAAAAGUAUUUUGUAAACAUCUUUUUCUAUAGAUUAACGCGGAAAAUUAGUUUGCCAGCAAAUGCAUUCAUUAGCAUCGCUCGUAGAAUCUCAUUAACUGCUUUGCUGGCGAGCACCGAGAGUUGUGUUGUGAUCUCCCCUCCUCCUCCCACCUCUUACGGCCCUUGAAUACAAGAUGCAGAAUUCACAUGACAACUAUUUGGCGUUCCCCUAUCUUUCGCACCUGAACCGGUUGCUUAGUUACACAAUUUAUACAAAACAAAUGUUAGCUUCGUGGACCAUGACAGACAGAACAUUCACCAGACGUUUUUCGUGAAGAGGAAUUGUGUGACAAAGGGAGGCGAUCAUUUUUGUAGACUCUAUUAUGAUCUCGAGUGAUGGCCCUUUGGAGAGAAAGCGAGUCAACAAUAAGGUGCAUGUUCACCUGGACACACUGAAUAAUAUGAAGCUACAGAAUAACAAAGAAAUUGCAUAAUGUAAUUAUAAACAUCAGGGUUUUGUUAAAAUUUACUUCUGGCUUACUUAGUGGAUGUUUUAAAAGCUUAAUGGAGUGCAAUUACUUUUAAGACUUAUUUCACUGCAGGAAGAUUUACAACUGUCACCGUAUUGAAAAUAUACAAAGCCUGUGUAGUUAAUUUGUAUUUUAUGACGAAUUCAAAACUUCAUGCUGUAAUAUUUUCGAAAACAAAUUUCCCACAACCCUCUCCAAACACUUGGCCACAACAGACGGGAGGCUACAUAGGUUAACAUCACAGUGAUUUACCGAAUUUACUAUUUACACAUGCGUUAGCAACUAUGUGACGAGUUUUAUUCUUGUGAUUUGAUGGUUUGUUUUCCUGUGGACUCUGGUGUCGAUCAGGUAGUUAAGUUCAACCAUGUUGGGUUUUAUUUGAUGGUUAGUGUUAUAUUUCUGUGUUGUUUUCAUUAUUCCGGAUGCACCUUGGUUGCUUUAUGACUAGCCUCGUCAGUCGUACAUGCAAUGUCUGUAAUCUAUCUUUUGACAUGUUGGAAAAAAUAAUAAGACAGUGCCAUAUGAA